AUGUCUUCGGCAUGUAUCAUUUGUCAUAAGAGAAAGGUAGGACGGAACUUAUCCAGCUCUGCGCCUUUGAGUCAGACUCCUCGGGGCUCACAAAUUCCCGCCGAGUCGCCAGACGCGUCAUCGCGAAACUCCUUGAGCGGGCCUCAAAGAGAAAAUCCAGUUGAAAACAGCGUAGCGCUCAACAUAUCUCACCAUGUUGAACCACCCAUCAAACAAGAGAGUUAUCGCGGCCGCAGUGAGUACCUAGGCGGCAGCGUGCCGUUCGAUGAAAAUAUGGUCAGACCCGGUCGCGAGACAACAUAUACCAACCCCAAGGCAUCAGCGACCGAUUUACAGAUGUUGCGCGACCAAAAUGCCUUCGAGUUGCCUCCAGAAUCCGUCCAAAAAGAAUUGAUGACCAGUUUCAACACGCACUGUGCGCCGUGGACGCCCGUCGUUGACCCGAAGUGGCUGGACGAUAGUGCGCCGCCGUCAAUGUUACUACUGCAAGCGAUUUUCCUCGCUGGGAGUCGAGUGUCCAAAGCGCAUUUGGACUACGGGUCCAGCGAGGUGUUUUACCGCCGUGCAAAGUUGCUGUUUUUCUUUGGUGGAUGUGAUAAUCCUCUCAUUUCUAUUGUGGCUGCUUGUCUCUUGCAUUGGUAUAAUCCUGUUGGGCCUGAGGAUGUUUCUACAGAUACCAGUGGAUUUUGGAUUCGAACCGCUGGGGCAAUGGCCUUUCAGAUUGGGCUGCAUAAGGAGCCGCCGGCGGGUUCUCGAGAUCGGGGUCUGCGGCGAAGGUUGUGGUGGUCUCUGGUGGUGCGAGACAAUAUCAUCUCCGUUGGCGUUGGCAGGCCGCGAACCAUCAACCUGCGCGACAGUGAUGUACUACCGCCAUCACUCAACGAUUUUCCCGUGAACAAUUUCAAAACUCAAUUAUUCUUGGGAUACUGUACAAUAGCUCGACUUCUUGGUGAUACAGUCGAGUCCCAUCUGCGACAAGAGAUCUCUCGCCAACGCCAGGUAGAUCUCGAGAAUGCGGUCUACAGAUGGGCAAAACAAGUUAUUCCAAAACUGCAAUCAGCUGUUGCAGCCCAAGAAGAUGCGGUGAUUUGCAACCUCGAAGUCCAACAGCUGCUGGUCAUGUACUUCGUGGUUCUUACUAUCCUCCAUCGCUCACCUACACCGGGAAGCGUACCACCCCCAGCAUCACUGGUCGCAUCAUCUUUCAUAGCCGGGAUCUACGAAGAAUUCCUACUCCGCGACGAGCUCCGAUACCUAGGCCCGGUCUUCGCAUUCUACCCCCUAUGCGCGGGCCUCUCUUUACUCUCUAGCUGCCGCUACGCCCACCUCCAAAGUACAGCAGAGCACGAAUUAACCGUCAUGAAACUGUCCCUGCAAAAACUUUCCGAGCGGUGGCUCUCGGCAGUCGGACCUCUGCGCGCCCUGAACAAAUUGACCGAGAAAGUCCGAGAACAAGGCCCCUUCGAAGGACCGUCGCCGAGGCUCGAUCCAGACGCAGCCUCCUUCUUCGAAGGCUUCGAUACAAGAUUGUGCAAACAGUGGCAGGUCAUUGGACAUUCGUCUGAGUCUGUGAGCGGGAACAGAGUUAUUGCGCCGACUUGCAAUUUGGCAGAUAUUCAAAAUCCGAAUGAUACGCUUCGGUCCCUUGAUGCUCCGCCGGGACAGCAGGUGGAUAAUUAUGACUUUGCCUCUAUUGAUGUUAGCUUGGAUCCUUUCAGUAAUAAUUGGGAAGGGGCCGGGUUUGACUGGAGUGGCUCUUGGUUGCUCAACGUAUGA